CAGGACUGCGGCUUGCCAGUCGUCACCACACCCUCUCAGGGUUUCAGGCGUCUGCUCUGUUCUCAUAGGGGUGGGGUCAGGUGGUUCCCAGGUACACCAACAGCACUCUACCUCACCGGAGCACGUGUGUGGGCCAUCUCAGUCUUCACUCUGACACACACCGCUACAGGUGUGGCUCCCUUUUCCUGUAUAGAGACACAGAGGAAGUGCACCUAGAAGGGUCUUCAAGAGACAACCAUUAAAACUUUUAAGUGCUGACUGGAUUGUAUGACCCAUCUAAAGACCUGGGGAAUUGACAUUGGAUGUAAUACAACACUUGACUACUGCGGAACUACACAAGUUGAAGAGGACUAUUCUUGGAAGGCCAGUUCAAGUCACCAGAGGAAACCAGAACAACUGGUGACAGCAAAGCUUAAUGUUCAGAAAAGAGCCUCAAUAUACCGUGUCUGAGAUCUGACAUUGACAGUCACAGACCCUAUCUACCUGUGUUUCGUCCUCUCAGCCGCCUUUAACCAGCCAUCAUGAAUCUGUCUCUGGGCAGCUCUUAUGGAGAAGUGACCAUCCCUCGGGCCAAGCUACGUUCUGCAGAGGACAGCACGAUCAUCAUCAACCCCAUGGCCCUGGAAAGUACCUACAGCAACCGCAACUCUUCCCUCAACCCGUACGGUGCCUUCAAACCCAAUGAGGAGUCGCAAGCCCCCUCAGACGUUACCAAGGAUGGGGAUGGUGACGCCUCAAACCCCUCGCGCUACAACGGCCAGUCCUCCUACACAGUGCAGGAAGACAAGGAAGAGGAGGUGGGUCGCUCUCGGGCCUGCUGCCUGCGCUGCCGAAGGAAGUGAACUGGCAACUUCCACCCAGAUCAGGAAACUGUCAAACAACACCCGGCUACAAAGGUUCAGGGUAUAUGAACUAAGACAAUCAAGGGACACUGUCGGAAGACACUGUCGAACCUGGUGUUACCAGCUGGAUUAAAAGCCAAAGCCAUUACUGGUGAAACGUAUAGUUUUGAAGGAUUCAUCAGUGGUAUCAUUUAAAUGUUAUGCAAUUUCCAAAGGGAUUCUUAUUGAGAUUGGAUGCAAGAUGCACUCAGCCACUAUGGCAGAAUCUUCCUUUGAAACAGAAGUGUUUUACAUAAGCCUUUCACUUACAACUUUGUAUGCUUGCUUGUUUUUCUUCUAGUCGACAAGACUGUGCUAUAUUUAGCUAUGGGUUUUUUUGUUAAAUAUUUAUACCCUAAUGUCUUCAUGCCUUAUUAGAUUUGUUUAUCUGUCAGUGUUUGAAAUGACGUCAAAAAAGGCCACUUGGGUGGAUGAUGCAACUAGCCAGUGUUCAGGGAGUGGUAGAGAGUAAGUCAAAUGCUACAGUACACAUGUCAAGGAAUUAAUAUGCAACAACCUUUUACUUCCUCUGUCAAACCAACCCGUCACAAAAUAUGACAUGCUAGGCCUUUUUUGAUUUGUCAUGGACAGACCUGACCGAACCAGAGAGGUGGAUCUAGAGGAGGGGCAGCUAGCUCAGAGGCUGGGUUCGUUUCUAUGGGCCUUACUGAGUCCAGUCUUCCCAUACCACACCAUAACACACCACUCCGUCCUGCUGAUCCAUCUGCUGGGCUGGUUUACAAUGCUGCCUUUGUGCAACUGGGUCCCAGGAAACCAGGCCACAGGCCCCCGCAGCCGCAGCUCAAACCCCAGUAAUUUUGCUCUGUGUGUGUGGUAAACAGUACCUCACUGUCCCCCCUGACCAUAAAGAGUUGAAAGCGAGGCCUGACUGGAUGAGAAUUGAAAUGCGAUAUGGCCAUGCUCAUGCUGUCUUGUUUGUAUGAGUCACACAACCACUGUACGUCCCAUAGUUUAGCUUUGUGAAACUAUUACUGAAACUCUACUCUGCAUUGUUCGUUUUUAGAAAUUUGAUCGAAUUUUUUUGGGAGGGUGAACUUGUACAGCUUAUUAGGGUCACCUCAUGAACUGGUCUCAUGUAUAAAAGCCCCUCUUAGUUCAAGCCCCUAAUCCCCCAACAGGAUUACAUGACAUGUGUAGGAGUUAGAACUUCAAUGCAUGAACUGUUUUUUUGUUUGUUAUCCAGUCAGCAGUGGACUACAACUACUCAGCAAAGGUUACUAGGACCCAGGGUUAAAGGAAUGUAUAGAAAAGUUUGACACUAUGUAUGAUUGAGUUUGUAUAAUGAUAAAGUGGAAUAAAAUGUUUUAAAUAAAG